AAUUCUGCAAGUGGUUCUGAUUUACCAUCGCUGUUCUCUAGUUGGUCUAAAACCGCUUUUGACCUAAUGGGACGCUUUUUGGACGCCAUGGACAUUUCUCAGUUUCCAGGCAGAAAGAACAGACAAAAUGCAGGCAGGGCACAGGACAAAGCACUCGGGACAAAAUGUAUGUGAAAUGGUUUGAUACAUGAAUGUCACUUUUAAAAUUUUAAAAUUUCCCGUCGUUCCAUCCCUGUACGUCCUGACGUCGCAGGGAAUGGAACCCGGAAGACAGACACUGCCAGGACAUUGCCAAGGACACUGCAGGAGGGACAU